AUGCCUCACAAUUACAAGGUCGCCCACGUCCGAUUCGACCCCGUUCCGGAGGUCCAUAAGAUCCACAAGGACCAAGCCCCCCGCCCCCAGCAGCCCAAGGUGCCCGACUUCCGGUUCUGCAUCGAGCUGGGGCUGGUAGUCCGCAGCCGCACGUACAAGCACGCGAGCAGCGCGGGCGUCGAGGAGGAGAUCAGCGCGCGGCUGAGCCAGACAGAGUGGACCGUGGCCAAGGACCUGGCCAUCCCAUCGCAUCCGCGCGACCAUAAGUUCGGCGUCAAGCUCGUGUCACCCUUCUGGCGCUUCUCGCGCCACGACACGUGGAUGCUGCAUUUGCGCGGCGUGCUGCAGACGCUACACCACAGCUUCGAGGCCAAGGCCCUCGCCAAGAGCGCCGUCUACUUUGAGCGCUGCUUCGACGCGCUGGUGCCCCCUUACCGCCGCCGCUCCGUGUGGGCCAAGAGCAACCGCCACAACGCGCACAUGGGCCGGCUGUCGACGACCGAGUGCUUCGAGAGCAUCGUGGCGCAGAAGUCGUUCGCGCAGCUGGGCGCGUGCAUGAACUGGUGCGCGGCGGACUCGGCCACGGGCGCGGCGCUGGGCCGCACGGCCGACUUUGCGCACUCGGGCUUCCGGUGGAACCUAGCGUCACUAGUGAGCGAGGGCGACGGGUUCGGCAGCGUCGAGUUCCGGCAGCCGGGGGCGUCGACGACGGCGUCGGACGCCAUCGCGUGGGUCAUGAUGGUGGUGUGCUUCGCACGGUUGAGCUGCACGUAUGGCGACUCGCUCAAGCCGCGCGACCCGGCCCGCCUCGCCAGCCUCGGCGAGUGGCUGCUGUACGAGGCCGACUGCUCGGGCGCGCCCCACAAGACCCUGCUCCGCAACAUGUUCGACGUCGCCCAGCCCGUCAAGGGCCGCGAGGCCGGCCUUGAUGCCGGCGCCAUCACCUUCGACGAGGACCAGCGCCUGCGCUUCAAGGAGAAGGAGCGCAACAUUGCCUUGGAGAAGUACCGCAAGCUGGUCAAGCACCUGUGA